CAUUUGUCGUCUGUGUUUAUUGUUUUUUUCUGCUUGUGGUAAUUUUUUGGAGGCGCCAAAGUAAAUUUAAAUAAUAAAUGUUAAUUGAAAAAUAAUCAUAAUAAUGUCGAAACGAUACAUAUUUCCACAACAGUGCGGCGAUAGGAAAAAGGCAAAACUAGAUGUAACAGUAUCUGAUCACAAUUUUCCACUGAGUCAAAAUUUUGGUCCAGGCAAAGAUGGUGAUCAACUUAACGACUGGGGUGAUGACAAUGACGAUGAGAUCCUCCUCCUCGCCAGCCAAGCGUGUGAAGAUGCUUUCAAUGAGCACAACGUCAGUGACUUACCUAAUUACAGUAUGUGCAUGCUGCCUACCACAACCAGCACCCAAUUAUAUGAACCAGUACCGAGCACCUCGACAAGCACAUUUCAAUUCAAAAAACCCACUUCUAGCCCUGUCAAUGUAGUCACAACAAAGUUGAAAGACAAAUGCGAACGAAUAUCCUCCCCUCUACCGGGAAUGUCAAAAGUUUGUACUACAAACAAAAUCAACAUAAGCGGAGAUAUAAUAGUAAAUAAUAAUACAAAUAAACAAGACUCCAAUGACAUUUACACUCAGUUACUGAAAUUGCAAGAGGAAAAUAGUAAAUUGAAAGUAGAAAAUGGGAAACUGUUAGAGAAAUGUGUAACUAAAGAAGGCGAGGCGUCCAUACUCAGGACUCAGCUGAAAGCUUCCCAGGUCUCCGUGGAUCAUGCUAGAUUGGAGAAAGUGAAAGUCCAGGAGAGGAUGCAGAUGGAGUGGUCAAGCAAAUGGACUGCUGUUACUAAUCAGAUGCAUGAUUUAAGGACUCAAUUGGAUUUCAAGAACUUGGAAAUAAUAAGCAUGAAAGAGAAAUGUAAAGUGUUGGAGUCAAAUAAAGUGAAGCUAACACAAAUAACUCUUGCUGGGCAUGACAUCACUAUGAGUCAAAGAAACAAUGGCUAUGGUGCACAUGACUCAACUCCAUACGUCAAGAAACACAAAACUUCAUCUAGCGCAGUUCAAACAGAAGACACGUCACAUUUACUACAAAUCAAUGUUCCUAUGAGAGAUGGUGUAUCAACACUACCGCAGAUCCUGCCACUCGUCAUAACACCACUAGACAAGCAAUGGUCCUUGUUGGACUACAAUGAGAAGUUGCGACAGUCUGCCGAUACUGCAAGGUGUCGCGUGUACAGUACUUUCCACAGACUACCCUCCACUCCUAAAGUUUGUAAGGAAAAGAGGAAAAUUGUAAACUUAAACAGUGUUCAUGAGACAUUGUCGAAUAUGACCGCUUGUAGAGAAUGGACUGGAGAAGAAUUUCUGAAUGUAUAUAAAUCAAUCAAAGAAUGCCUACUAGACGUCCAGUGUGAACUGGCGACGGUCAGCCAGAGGGUGACCACAGCUUUCCAGAAGGAAAUGGACGAGAAGUACAUUGACAUCACUUCUAAACUAUUAACCAUCAACAAAAUAGAUUUGUUGAGUGGCUGUGCACUCUACAAAGAAGAGCAGGCAAUGCUAGCGCGAAGAAUGACGGCAGUUCUAGUGUACAUUCUAGAAGAUUCUAGAUGUGAACAUAUUGUUCAUAGUUUGCUUCGAGAACAUUCCAAGGAAGAGACUGAUGUUGUAAAUAUAAUUAGUAGAAUAUGUACUUUAUUGGAUAAUACUGCAUGCGCGCUUCUAUACAGUGGACUUCUUUUAUCAAUAACAUUAUUAUUAAAAAGAAUAAUAACUUUAAUAUCAAAUCAAAAACCUCUAAUAGAAAUAUUUAAAACAAUUAUACUUUCAAGACCGCAGCCAUUUGUGACUUGUGAAAUUUUACAUUUAUUCAGUGAAAUAUUAUCCGUAAAGUCGGUAAAAGAGGUGUGUUCUAAAGGUGUUAACUUGAAAAUGGAUUACGAUCAAGGUGUGUUGUUGUAUAAAAAGGAUUCUUGUGUAUUACAAGUUAUGUUGAAACAUAUAGAGGGUGUUCUCAAGUGUGUACAAAAUGAUGGAAAUGUGGAACAUGCUGUGUAUAAUACUAGAAAUCUCAUUUUAUUGUACAGUAGUAUAAAUAGUAAAGCAGAUAUUCAGAAUGAAAAAUUAAGUUGCGAGUGUCAGCUGGUCCUGAUGCAAGUGAUGGUGUAUGGACUCAAUAUAUGCGCUAACAUGCUGAAUGCUGAACCCUGGAAAGGUACAGCCCCCCAAAGUGUGACACAAACAGACAUACUGUCGCUGUGCCGCAGCGGCACACAGGUGCUGUACCGCUGCGCGCUGCGGGACGUGGAGUUCGCUUCCCGGCUGGGGCACAACGAGGGACAUCUAUUGGAGUACUGCGACAUACUGAGGGGCUUCGACCAUACGGAAGUGUAUAGCAGCAUGUUAUCGGAGAUAGCCAGCGUGUUCCAGUCAUCUUGCGAAGAGUCGCCCGCCACUUACCACCAGAAGGCGUGGCUGGACAGCUUCCACAAGUUUAGCUUAACUGAUUAGAUGUAAUUUUACACAGUUUGACUAUACGUACAGUUCUGAAACGUUCUAUAGACAAGGCAUAAUUGAGGCAUAGCCAAAGUGGUAGUUAUUUUUUAUAAUGACAUAGGCAAGCGUUCGACUGCAAUCACGCCAUGGUAAGCCUAGAAAUUGCCUAUUCACUUUUUACUUAAAGAUACCCCAGGUUUUUGAUGAUAGGGAAGACGGAAGCUGAAAGUGUAUAAGAAAUGAGGUACCAAACUGCUUAGUCCAAGCAAUAUCUACAAUACAACAUAGCUGUAGAUUCUGCGAUGUCUGGCAGUUCUAUUAUAGACCAGUGAAGGAAGAAUAAAAUCAAUUAGUUCCUGAGCGCACUCACAGUGUCGAUAAAUUAAGAGUCAGCCUCUAGUGGUUUUCCACCGCUACUUACUGUUGUAUGGCAAAAUUGUGUAGAUAGAUACAUUUAUGUAGGCAAACGGCCGUGAUAGCCCUGUGGAUAUGACCCCUGCUUCCGAUUCCGGAGGGUGUGCUUUCGAAUCCGAUCUGGGGCAUGCACCUCCAACUUUUCAGUUGUUAAGAAAUUAGAUAUCACGUGUCUCAAACGGUGAAGGAAAACAUCGUGAGGAAACCUGCAUACCAGAGAAUUUUCUUAAUUCUCUGCGUUGUGAAGUCUGCCAAUCCGCAUUGGGUGAGCGUGGUGGACUAUUGGCCUAACCCCUCUCAUUCUGAAAGGAGAGGAGACUCGAGCUCAGCAGUGAGCCGAAUAUGGGUUGAUAACGACGUGUAGGCAAAAGUUGUGUUUAAUUGCUGACUUUGACACUAGAAUUAGAAGAGUUAUAUUGUCGAAGAUAAGGAUGAAUUGUAACAAUAAUGAAUUAAUGAGUGAACGUUUAUUUGCCCAGUAACAAUUUUACAAAUAGCAAUAAACUAAAGCGAAGACCAAUUAUUGAAUAUUAAGUACCAGUGUUAGGCUGCCUGACUACCAAAGCAGAGCGAGGGAGCGUAGCGGAGAAACGGACUAAUGCGGAGCGGAGUCGCGUACUGUGUCUGUCCACCGGAGCGGCUGCGGAGCGAAGUGACUUCCUGAAGAAACUUCACUGCUCCGCUUUUAUAUGAAUUUUUAAACUAGCUAACAAGUCCCUGUCCACUUAAAAGGAGCGGAGAUUUUGUGCAAUCCUAUUGACUAUUGGUUAAUAUUUCUCCGAUUCUCGGCUCCGCUGCCUCGCUCCGCUUCGGUGGACUGGCAGCGUUAUACAAAAUAACCUUAAUUAUAAGUGCUUGUAAACUUAGCAUAUUACAGAGCGUGCUCAGGUAUUACAGUGAAACGUCAUUAAGACAAAACUCAGUUAAUACCGUUAAUUGUAAAUUAUUUAACUAAUUAUGCUCGUUACCGAACUGUACUUUCGUUAAACUGUGUCGAAAAUAUGUGAUUUUACUUGUAAAUAGUAAUUUUUAAGAAAUAAAACAAAGUAAAAUUUUA